AUGUCCUCCACAAAUCCAAAUGAAGAAGCUUUGAAGUUGAAGUAUAAAGAAAUUGCUGAAUUAAAAGCAGCAAUAGCUCAAAAACAGGCAUUAAAGAAAAGACAGGAAGUCCAUGCGGCAAGAAUUCAAAAACGUUCCCAAUAUAACAAUCCACGUAAUUCAUAUUCUCAAUCAAGAAAGUUUGGAAAUUUGAAGUUAGUAAUGAAUAACGGAUCACAGGUGAAUGGAAGCAGUUCAGAAACUACUUCUGAGGGAUAUGUGAGUGUAAAUUCAUCUAGUGGAAAGACGUUGUACAACGUUAAUGUUUACCAUCAGGAGGCAGAAAGAUUGAAGAUGAAGAUUGAAUUAAAGAAACAACAAGUAAAGGAAGCUAAGAGAAUAAGAAGACUAAAAGCUAAAAUAGCUCGAGACAGAACCAAAUAUAUUGGAUGUGAUCGAAUCAAAAUAAAUGGUGAUAAAUAUUCUGUUGUUAAAGGGGGUUACAGAUUGAUCCCAACAACAAUGUUUCAAGUUACUAACCCAGACACUUGUGUCUGGAACGGAAUAAAUUAUAAGAGGGUUGAAACAACUGGUGUAUUCAAACCUGUCAAAAAAUCAACCAAGAGCAAGUAUGUAUCAAUUUAUGAUGAUCCACAUUUUCCAGAGUAUCAUAUUUACUAA